AUGUCCGGUCCAGUAGUACCACCAAGAGGUUGGGAGCAAUGGAAACAAAUUAUUCAUGGUUUUUUCCCAGGAAAGCCAAAAUUUACCGAAGGUCAAUACCCUAGCUUCGAAGGGAAAGUUGUCAUAGUUACUGGCGGUAAUACCGGUGUAGGUUAUGAAACUGUUAAAUCCUUGGCUGGUUCAACAAAAGCUAAAUUGUAUAUCUUUUCUAGAAGCGAAGAAAAAACCCUCGAGGCAAUCAAACAGAUUCAAUUGGAAGUCGCCAAAGAAUACAAUAUCUCCAACCGGGAAAUUCAUUUUAUCAAGGUUGACUUAAGUGAUUUAGAAACAAUCAAACCUGCUGUUCAAAAGUUCUUAUCUCAAGAAUCAAGAUUAGAUCUCAUCAUUCAUAACGCUGGUGUGAUGACUCCACCUGUUGGUUCCAAGUCCAAACAAGGUUAUGAGUUACAAUUAGGCACAAAUACUAUUGGACCUCAUCUUCUUCAACGUCUCUUGGAUCCUAUCUUUAUUGAAACUUCCAAAAAGAACGCUCCUGGUGUAUCUCGUAUUGUAUGGGUGGCCUCUUCGGGACAUCAAUUUGCUCCUUUGGGAGGUUUCCACUGGGACGAUGUCAAUUUUGAAAAAAUGAAAGUUACCAAUAAUGAUCAAAUGAUGAUUUAUGGCCAAAGCAAAGCUGGUAAUGUUAUUCAAGCUAGAACUUGGACUCGUAAACACAACACUGGCUCUCAAAUAAUUAGCUCCUCCAUAUGUCCCGGUUUCUUGGAUACCGAUUUGCAAAGACACAUUUCCUCAUUUGAAAAGGUUAUGUAUAAGUUCAUUUUACAUCCAAGAAGAAUGGGUGCUUACACUGAAUUGUUUGCUGCUUUUUCUCCAGAUGUGAAAGAUGGGUCCCAUAGUAUUUCUUUUGGGGUUCCUGGUCAUGCAAGAAAAGAUCUUCUUGACCCUGAAGUUUGUGAUAAAGUUUGGAAUUAUCUCAAUAAAGUCACUGAUCCUUAUAUGUAAGUCUAUAAA